AUGUCCACAUCGUACCCAACCAACCCCAAGCUCUUGUGGGAGCCCCAGCCAGGCGGCCUCACCGCCGUAGAUAAUCUCCGGAGGAGGAUAAAUAGGCAGCAUGGCCUGAAUCUCAGGGAUUACGCGGACCUGCACAAGUACUCGGUCGAGGAUUACACGUUCUGGCUGGACUUGUGGUACUACCUUCGAAUAAUCUAUUCACAAGCGCCGACCAAGAUUCUAGAGCCAGGAAAAUUAGAUAUUUCGCCUACGUGGUUCCCAGGAGCCCGCCUCAAUUACGCUGAAAACCUCCUGCAUGGAUACAACGACGCAGUUGCGUGCACUGCGGUCACCGAAAGGAAUGGAGAUGUCGUUCAUUACACGUACCGGGAAUUGCGCGCCCUCGUCAGGGACCUGGCAGCGGCGAUGCGGGCAAAUGGGAUACGUGUUGGGGACCGCAUUGCGGCCGUUGUGGCCAACAACAUCCACGCCGUUGUAAUUGCGUUGGCUGCGUCCAGUCUUGGUGCCAUAUUCUCGUUGGCAGCGCCAGACAUGGGAAAACAGGGCAUCUUGGAUCGGUACCGCCAAAUCCGCCCUAGACUAUUCUUUGCUGAAAGCCAUGUCCAAUACGCCGGCAAAGUGAUUGACCAGAUGCCCAAGGUCCGCGAAGUGGUGGCAGACCUUCUCAAUUAUGGACUAGAAGGCGCUAUCGUGCUUCCAAGUAACAUUACGGGCCAGGAUGCCCCUGUCGGUGGGAUGCUAAAGACACGCACGUUGUCUGCAUUCCUGGCUAGUGGAGAUGGCAGGCCGCUGGCCUUCGAGCAGCUCCCGUUCAACCAUCCUUUGGUCAUCCUGUAUUCAUCGGGGACAACAGGUCCUCCUAAGUGCAUCGUUCAUUCAGCCGGGGGAGUGUUGCUCCAAACGAAAAAGGAAACCACCCUUGGGUUUAGUGCUUCUCCUGACGAUGUCUAUUUCCAGUACACCACUACCGGGUGGAUGAUGUGGACGCACAUGCUGUCUGGCUUGUCAGUCGGCGCUCGUGUCAUUAUAUAUGACGGAUCCCCAUUCCAUCCUGACGUUAAAACGUUCCUCAAGUUCAUCAGCGACCAGGGUGUCUCGGUUUGGGGCACGAGUCCUCGCUUCUUAACCGAGAUCGCUAGCCGUGGCAUCGACCCUCUUAAAUUGGCGUCAUUUGAUUCGCUCCGAGCCAUCUCUUCCACUGGUGCAGUGUUGACUGCACCUAUGUUUGAGUGGACGGUCAAGACCUUCGGAGAGCAUGUCCAUCUCUCCUCACCUUCGGGAGGAACUGACAUCUGUGCAGCAUUUGUAACGGCAACGCCUGCUUUGGCCCUAUACGCCGGAGAAACCUCAUGUAAGGCUCUGGGAAUGAAAGUCGAGGUGUUUGAUCCUCAUGGAAACAACAUCGAACACACCGGCGAGCCCGGUGAAAUGGUUUGCACCAGACCUCACCCUUCGCUACCUCUGUACUUUUGGGGAGACGAGGAUGGCAAGAAAUACAGGAGCGCUUACUUUGAGAUGUAUCCAGGUAUAUGGCGACAGGGCGAUUUCAUGGUAAUCAACCCAGUGACUAAAGGUAUACUAAUGCUUGGCCGAAGUGACGGUGUUUUGAACCCCAGUGGCGUCAGGUUUGGAUCCGGUGAAAUAUACACGGUUCUCGAAAAGUUCCAACAGUACAUUGAAGAGUCUAUUUGCGUUGGACAGCGACGCCCAAGUGACAAGGACGAGCGCGUCCUUCUCUUCUUGAAGAUGCGUCAAGGUUAUCCCCUGACAAAGUCCCUCGACGAAGAAAUACGUACUGCUAUUCGUUCGAGCUUGAGUGCACGCCAUGUGCCGUCUUACAUCUUCGCGGUAGAUGAUAUUCCGCUAACGAUCAAUGGGAAGAAGAUAGAAAUUGCGGUCAAACAGGUUGUGUCGGGAAUAGAUGCGAAGCCGAGCGGAAUGGUCGCCAACCCGGAAUCCCUCGAGUUAUAUUACAGGUACAGGGAUAUCGAAGGACUAGUGGGCACGACAAAGGCUAAGCUAUAA